AUGUCUUUCCAAAAGCCCGAGAAGGAUUUCGGCGAAGGCCCAAAAAUCCACAAGAUCCGCAUCACCCUCACGUCGCGCAAGGUGCAAUCCCUCGAGAAAGUGUGCUCUGAGCUCCUGGAGCGCGCGAAGUCGAAGCAGCUGCGUGUCAAGGGCCCCGUGCGCCUGCCAACCAAGACCCUAAAGGUCACAACCCGUAAGACCCCCUGCGGUGAGGGCUCUAAGACCUGGGACAUGUACGAGAUGCGCAUCCACAAGCGGUUGAUCGACUUGAACGCCCCCACCGAGGUCGUCAAGCAGAUCAUCAUCAACAUCGAGGCCGGUGUUGAGGUCGAGGUCACUAUUGCUGCUUAA